UAGGUAACUCCGGUGAAUUUACGCUUCGGUACCGAGGGCCGCACCAUGAUGUCCGCCUUGGAGGAGUCUCUUACCGGUGACAGUCAUGAUGUCGUCGACCAGCCCGCCAAUGUCAUCACCAAAGUGGCCACUCUCAAUCACGAAAACUUCAAAUUCGAGGAUCAGGAGCAAUUCGGAAGGCCUUAUAAUAAAGACAACUGUAUGAUAUUCCAUAUGGUCAUACCGAAUCCAGAAUCGACAGCUUUCUUAGUCGAUCUGUACACGUAUAGUUCAAGAGUUUUAACAGCCGAUGAACGAGACGUCGCUUCAGAGUCGGAGAGCUUCGUUAAAUUCAGUGCCAAGACCGGAGAACCUCCGCAGCAUCUUGGAUAUCACUACAUAAUGCCCGGCCAGCUCAAAAAUUCCAUUGGAAACAUAGAAGUGCCAAUAACUUGCGCGAUUAAAAACCGUCCAAUUGGAUUAAUGUAUAUAGAGUAUUUAGUUGUGAAACCUAUGCAGAAUUACAAAUGCAAUUUUGCUGUUUCCUAUGCCAAGCAUUGGACUUCUGCAUGGACUGGUCUAGAUGUGGGGCACAGGGGUCUGGGAACCUCCUUUCGUGAUAAGAAUGGUGGUUCCGUUCGAGAGAACACCAUAGCCUCUAUGAAAUCUGCAGCAGCCCAUGGAGCUGACAUGGUCGAAUUUGAUGUGCAGCUCAGCAAGGAUUACGUUCCAAUCAUUUACCAUGACUUCCAAGUCUGUGUAUCAAUGAGAAAGAAAAAAUAUUAUGAAUAUAGUGAAAUGCUUGAACUACCUGUUAAGGAAUUAACACUUGAGCAAUUGCAAAAACUAAAGGUUUAUCAUGUUGUCGAAGGAAGGGAAAAUGAACAGAGGUUUUUCGAUGAAGAUUUAGAAGAACAUCAACCUUUCCCACAAUUAUCUGAAGUCUUAAAUGUUAUUGAUACAAAAGUAGGUUUUAAUGUAGAAAUUAAAUGGACAAUGAGACUCAAAGAUGGCUCGUAUGAGCUGUAUAAUCCAUUUGACAUGAAUAUGUAUGUAGAUAAGAUUCUCGAAGUUGUUCUCAAAAAUGCUGGUGAGAGGCGUAUUGUGUUCUCAUGCUUCCAUCCCGAUAUUUGUACUAUGAUACGUUUGAAACAAAAUUUGUAUCCUGUAAUGUUCCUUACACAAGGAAUGAGUGAAAAAUAUCCUCCUUAUCAUGAUGUCCGCUGUAUUAAUAUUGAAAUGGCAGUUCAACAUGCCGUUUGCCAAGAUAUUUUAGGAAUAGUUGUUAAUACUGAAGAUUUAUUACGUGAUUCCUCUCAGAUAAGUUUGGCAACAGAUGCUGGAUUAGUUAUUUUUUGUUGGGGAGAAGAAAAUAAUAAUAAGGAAACUAUUCAAUAUUUAAAGAAACUUGGUCUUCAUGCUGUUAUAUAUGAUAUGCUUGAUUUAAAUAUCAACAAAACUGUAAAGGAGAGUGUAUUUUUACUUGAAACGAAAGAAUCUAAGACUAGUGAUGAAUUAUUAACUAUAAGUAUGGAACAAAAUGAUAGUAUUAUUCAAAGAGAAGCUGAACCAAUCCCCAAAAUGUUGGACUUAACUGAAGCUCGAACAUUACUGGAUAAUGUUUCUACAGCUACUUCACUUGUAUCUAUUUCUAGUAUAAAUCAACAGUGAUAAGUGUAUUUAAUUCUUACACUUUCACUUAGUGAUAAAUUGCUUGUAAUUCCAUUUAUUGUUUUUAUAUCAAAAUGUUAGUGAAUUUUAGUAACUUUUAUUUAUAUACAUAAUAAACUUUUAAAUUAUUCUUUCUAUACAAAGAUGCAUAUUAGUGCCUAAUUCAGUAUAAAAUGUAU